AUGUUUUACAGAUGGAGUGUUCGACCAAUCAUUGAACAGAUUUGAUGUAACGCAAGACAUGUAGGGGUGGAGCUUGUCCUUUUCUUCAUAGUUUUGGGAAAGUCUUCGAGGAAGUUUGGAUGACCCAUUUAUUUCCAUGACCUAUGUUUUUACAGUCAACAAACUGUUUCGUUUCUUUUGCAUGCCACCUUUUAAGGCAUAUUGUAGCACAAUUUCGUGUUACCAGAGAACAAUGACAACGUUUCCAUUGUCUAAUACAGUAGCAAGAGGAUGCAAGAUGUAACGGAUUUCGGGAAAGCAGUGAAAGUUUUAGAACAAACGAAUGCUUCAGGUACAUUUCCUCGUGGAAGUAGUCACUGUAUGCACUAUUUUCUUCUGUUUUCAACUAGAGUAUAGGCCUAUAUUUUGGAGACGUCUACAACACCGCCCUUUUCAUUCGUAUGGGUUCUGUAAUGUAAGCCAUCAUGUCAAUCCAUGCCAUUCCGCUAUCCUGGGGGACAGCAGCAAUGCACAUCCCGCGUUCUGUUACAUCUCUGUACUAUCAUGGGGAACUCGACAGAACUCAUUUGGAAAUGGUCGACCUAGAGACUCUCCUAGACCAUUUCAGCAUGACCCUGGUGGAAACUCAGCAGAGCUGAGCUCGAAGAAGAUGGAUGGACAACCAGGGCCAUGUGGGCCCUUGGCUUUCUGUGCUGAAGAGGGUCCUCUUCGUUCUGUGGCCCCAGCCGGCCCCGGGCGCCAGUCCCUCUACACCUCCUUAAGCCACCUGGCCAACGUCAUGCAUCAUAAGGCCCGGCGCCGCAGGAGCAGUUUCACCAGAUACAUCACUGGUCACACUCUGCCUCAGAUUCAAAGUGCUGCACAGCCAUCAGCAUUUGGACUCAAAUUUCAGAAAUGUGCCCAGGUGGAGGCAGGUACCGAGUUCCCCCUUCUGACGUUCUUCCUGCUCAUCAACAACACUGGGCCUCCAGGGGACAGCAACCUUUCCCAGCUGGCCAUCAGGGACUCCGUCUCUGGGAUAGCAGCCCUGCAGAGUGGGGGGAUGGUGGUGGAGAAAGGCUUCCAGACCUUCACCAUCGACUCACUGCCAGCAGGAUCUCAGUAUGUUGUGACGUAUACUGCCCUCAUCAAGGGUCACAAGAGUGAAAUUCUGGACCUGCCUGCCUUCCUAACCUUCUCCAAUGCUUCACUGAAUGACGUCAAUAUGUUUGGUCCAAUGGUGGCUAAUUUGACACUGAGGCUUAACUCCACGAACAAGAUUUACCCCAAUCACUAUGUCCAUUUUGCUGGGUUUGUUGGUGGAUUCUUUCUGUCCUUGUUGCUGCUGUCCCUGGGAUUUCUGGCCAUGAACCUAAUAUGUGCCCGAGCCAGGAAAAGCUCCCUAGAGCGAAGGAAAAAGCGAGGCGCUUCAGACCCUGAGUAUGCGGUAUGCAACAUGAGUGAGACGGCCAAAGAAGAGGCAGCAUUCGAGGACAAGAUGGUGGACAUCAUGGUGCUGGAAGACCCUCAGAACAUGUAUCAAGCUCUGGAGAACCUGGAGAUGUCCAGCCUGCUGCGAGCCACCUCCAGCCUGGAGAGCAGUCGGGUCCAGAUGUACAAAGAUGUGAUCGCAGCCCUGCUGGCCGUGCUGCGCUCCCAGAACCACAUGUCCCAGCAGGCCGAGCAGCGCCUCCUGAGCGUGCUCCACGGUCAGCUGAUGGGCAUGGAGGGCAAGCUGAAGGAGGAGCACUUGGCACGCAUGGCAACCCUGGCGGCCCAGUGCAACCUGGAGACCCGGGAGCAGAUGGAGGCGGAGCAUCGCAGAGAGGCCCAGGAGAAAGCACGGGCAGAGGUGCUGUUUCAGCACUCUGAUGAACAGGAGCUCCACCAAUGCAGUGUCCUCCUGGAGAAGCUCCACAAGCUGAACCAGAGUCACCUCCAGCGCACCCUGCUGGUGAGACACGAGGAGGCCUCAGCCAAGGUCCAAAGGCAGAUAGUGGAGUGGAGAAGAGUGGAGCUGCACAAGAUCUUCUCAGAAGAGCUGGAGGAAGCCACCAGGAUGUGCGAGUUGGAGAAGACCGAGGCCAGGAGUCUCCUGCAUGACUACUUUGCCUAUCAGAAUAAGCUGGAGGAGGUGCUGGAUGUGGUCCUGGCCAACCAACGUUGCAUGCUGGGAGAGCGCCACGCCCAGAGGAGGUUCCUGGUGCACAGCCUCCACAGCCUGAAGGGCCUCAUCUCCGAGACCUUCUCCAGGACCUCCAGCCAGAUAGAGAACUGCUUCAGGCAACAUAGGAGGGGGAGCGAUGUGUCUGAAGAGCAGGUGGAACUGCUGCUAGACAAGGCUCAGAAGGAGCUGGUGCUGGUGAGGCAGGGCCUGGACGAGGCUCUGAACCGGGAGAGGAGGGCCAUGCACUGUGGCCUGGUCAAGAAGAGGAGGGACCUCAUCUCCGACAUGCUGCAGGGCCACAAGCAGAGGCAGAAGGAGCUGUCGGCCCUGUCCCGAGGGGGCCUGGAGGAGGACAGGGUGGAGGUGGAGCCGGCCCAGCACCUCCGCUGCUGGCAGAGCCUGCUGACCGCCCAGUGCCUGGAGCUCGGGGAGCUCAUCAACAACCUGGACGAGGAGGCCGCUGCAGACAUCCGUAAGGUCACCAUGCGUGUGAUCCACAGCGCCAUGGCGGAGGUGAAGGCCAUCCAGCCUGCUGUCGCCCAGGCUCUGCUGGCCCUGGGGAACCCCCGUGGCCCCCUCCAGCAGCCAGAAUCGGGGUCCCCCACAGGGGCCAGCAGCAGCGCCCUGUCCCAGGCCCAGGAGAGGCUCCAUCUGGAGGGCAAGGCAGCAGUAAGGACCCUCCAGGCCUCCAGGGACUCGCUGCACCAGGGCAUGGAGAAGGAGCUGCAGGAGCAGCAGGAGCUGAGGGCCAGGGGACAGGUCUUCUUCAGGUCUCUGUGCUCGUCACAGCUCACCUUAUCGGACGAGGAGCUCCUACACAUGAAGCUGGAGUUCCAGAACUGUCUGUCCAGGAUGGACCACUGCCUGAUGCUGCCCCACGCCCUCUCCCGCUCCAAACUGCAGACCGCCCUGUCCACCUGGAGGAAGGAGAUGGAGGAGCAGGCUGAACAUUCACAGCCAGAGAAGAAGACGAGGACUAAAGGGAAAUCCACUGAGGGCAGACAGCGAGCAGACCCCUCAGAACUGCUGCUCUUCCAGAAGAAGAUGGAGGACAGGAUACAGCUGUUUGAGAAAGAAAAAGAAAUGGAGCGCACUGUGAGGGAGAAGGUCCUGGAGGAGAUGCGUAGCGUGAGGGACUCGGAGCUUCGGAACCAGGCAGACGGCCUGGCCGUGCAGAUGGCCGCCCUCCACUACCAGAAGGCUGAGAGGAGGACCAGGGUCCUGGAGACCUCCAGAGCUCUGCUCACCAUCCAGAGCCUGCUCACAGAAGACCUGCGAGCCAGCAGGAGCCUGGGGGCAGCCCCCAUAGCCCAGAGCAUCCUGAACCACUGUCUGGGAUUGGAGGAAGCGGAGCUCCAGCUCCAGAGAGAGCAUGCAGAGUUGGAGAGUCUGGAGUCUGGACCCUCCAAACACAGACCACCCAAAGACCCACACUACUCUGAUAAUGAAGAGGAAGAGGAGGAAGAGGAAGGGCAAAGGAGGCUGUUUCAUAUAGAGCGUGACAGCCGCAUGGCCACCAUCCUUCACGAGGCCCUGUACAUGUGUGAUCAGGUCAUCGUUCUGCAGACAGAGAGGCUGCAAGAGGCCAACGCUAGGAAUCAAGCCAUGGAGGAUCUCAAGGAGCAGCUGGAGCUGAAGAGACUCUACACAAACUGUGACCAGGAUCUGGAGUUUGCGGCCAGGUUGGUGAGGCAGAGCCAGGUCUCCACUGAGGUUCUCCUAGAGGCUCUCCGCCUCCUCCUCCCAACCCUCCCCGAGUCGGAGCUGCUCUCCCUCAUUGAUGCCCUCUGCCCCAAGCAAUCGGUCAUCCCAGCGUCCGCAGAGCAGGAGAGCACAGUGUGGCCAGGGGGAGCAGGAAAAUCUCUGCUGGUCAGACUGAGGGAGGAAAUGGUGGGGAGGAAUGUCUCAGCCCACAGCACGGACAAGGACAGAAACCAGUUCCAGGAGAAGAGACAGAGCCUGCUGGAGAGGCUGUUUCUCAAUCCCAGACCCGAGGCUCGCAGGGACGUCAUGCAAGUGUUGGUCCAGGAAAAGGGGAGGGAGGGAGUUGUUGCCAUUCCCAAACCAGUCGCGACUGGAACGAGCCAAACCAUAGCCUCGGAACAGCUCCAAGACUCCGUUCUGAUUUCAGUGGGAGGAGGAGUAGAGGUGGACGGUGAAACUGUGUUUGUCUCCACUACUGCAGCAGCACCCUCCACCUCUGGCUCGGCCAACGAUGCAGUAGUACUGGACAUCCCCACUACGGGGGAGAGAGUGUUUGUGUUCCGCGUUCUGCCGGAGCCCCAGAACACGACAGGGGCCACCAACAGGAAGAGGAAGAAAAGGAACUUUCUUAAUCUGAAGAAGGGAUCGGUGGCCCCCACAGACCAACCCUGAGCUUGCUGGUGGUUUCAGAGGGUCUACUGUAGACACAGACUUGCCAUUAGAUUCCUACUGGUCCUAUACUGAACCCCUAGCCUGGUCCCAGGUCUGUUUGACUGAAGGAGUUGGCAAAACAGCACAAACAGAUCUGAGAACAGGCUAGGGGAACAUGUGCCCUGUUAGACUCUGUUAUGAGCUCUAAAAUGUCCCACCUUUAUGGUACUCAAUGAUGGUAUUAUGAUAACAAUGAGAAAAAUUAUAUGUAUUAACGUUUAAUUUAGUUGAAGUAGUCUCAAGGUACUUUAAAAUAGCCAUAUAGUUGCAGGCUUUGUCUGUAGACAGCUAGUUUUUCUGAUAAUGAAUGAUUUGCACGUCUUGGCAUAUACAUAAACCACAUCACCAUUAUCAAUAUUUUAACAAAUUAUAUAAAUACAAUUAUGAUAAAUAUAUACAAAUGUUAUAAAAAAAAAUAGUAUCGUAGUGUUCCUAUCCAUUGUAUGUUAAAACACCUGCAACAGUCAUUUUUUUUGGCAAGCUCAAAAUAACAAUCCCACAAGUUCAACCAAUGUGUUACAACAGUUUUUUACAGAUUCAUAAACGAUCAAUAAAUUAAUAAUGAUCAGUUUAGCUAUAUACACUCAGUUUAUUAACUAGGCCUACCUAUAACUCUGUAAAUCGUUUCAUUAACAGCCAUACAAAUGUUACCAACAUGCAGUGAUGUAAAGUACUUAAGUAAAAAUACUUUAAAGUA